AUGGGAUGGCCCACCAGUCCAGAAGCUCUUCUUUCAGUGUCCCACUCAAAGUUCCGAGCAGCUGGGCUUUCCAGAGAGCCUGGAUGUUGUAAAAAGCAGCCUGCAGCGGUCCACGCGCAGGUUCCGCCGCGCAGAAGCACCGAAAUUGUCCGAGAAGAGUGGGAGGGCGGCGUUGACGCAGCGCCAACCCUGAAGCACUGCACUAGGCUGGAGCGGGCGGAGAAAUUCGUGUCACCACUCUACCCACAAUUGCUCUUCGGGGACAGCUGCCCGGUGGCCACGCUCUCCAGUUACCUGACUGAGAGGUUUCCCUGCUAGGAGGCAAUCCGGCAGGACUUCCGCCCUGUGCAGGUCCGGGACACCUUUGGACCCAAAUGGUGGAUCUGCUGGUUCUGGGUGGAGCUGACCAUCCUGGAGGCCUGGGUGGGGCAAGAAGUUCACCUUCACUAAAGUGAUGGAGAGGGCCUGGUGUGACGUGAUGGGGAACGGGUCCGUGGUUUGACCAAAGAAGGGGAGAAACUCAGUUAUGUCCUGAUUGAGAGGCUGGGAGAAGGAGACCCUUGGAGGCUGACCCUCUAUGAAGAAGUCGCCUGCAAUGGGCUCUUGGGGCCCAGAAAGGGCACCAUGAUUGCAGCCCCAGACCUGGAGAAGAUGUUCCAGGUGAGCCAGGCUGAGCUGGCCUUGUUCCACCAGGAUAUCCACAAGCUCCUGAUGGAUCUAGAACUGCUGCUGGGCAUGGCCAAGGCACAGCAGCUUGAGUAGGUAAAGGACCUACCUGCCCUGUAUGCCUGGCUCCAGGAGUUUGCCUGCCAUAGGCAGUUUGUGCCCUUGAGAGGCACCUGGGUGGAGAUUGAUGGGAAUCUUCCCAAUGGAGAGGCACUGGUGAGGCAGUUCCUGCAGGGCUAGAACUACUUCCUGCAGGAGUUUGGGAAGAUGUGCUCGGAGGUCUGGCUACCAAACACAUUUGGCUCCUCCUCAGCACAACUUCCCCAGAUCAUGCACAGAUGUGGAUUCCUGGUCCAAAAACUGAGCUGGAACUUGGUGAACUUCUUUCCGCACCAUACCUUUUUCUGGGAAGGGCUGGAUGGCUCCCGUGUGCUGGCCCACUUCCCACCUCAUAUGGGAUGGGGGCAGUGUAGAGGAGGUGAGAGGGUACUAAAGACAGUGGCCAAAAAAUGGGAGAAAGGACGGACCAACCACAGUGCCUUCCUCUUCGGCUUUGGGGAUGGAGGUGGACCCCCUCAGAUUAUGGUGGACCACUUAAAGUGGCUAUACAAUACAGAUGGCUGCCCAGUUGUCUUCUGCGGGCAGCUGCGCUCGGUGCUGGGGAGUGACUCCAAGCACUGCAUGUGCGUCCGAGAGCUCUUCUUGGAGCUGCAUACUGGCACCUGCACUGCCCACGCUCAGAUCAAGAAUGGGAAUCAGGAGUGUGCGCAUGACCUGGAGCUGCUCAGUCUGGCUCUGUGCAGUGUCCACUUUCCAUCCCUGGCAGCACAGCUGCAGAACCUCUGGAAGUCAGCCUGGUUUGCCCCCCUCCUGCUCUUGAACAAGUUCCAUGGAUCUGGAAACUGCAUUCAGCUGGUGGCAGAAGAAGCCAUGUGCCACUACAAAGACAUCUGUUCCUAUGGCAACACACUGCUCAGUGCUUUGGAUGCAGCCUUGUGAGUGGAGCCAGGUGCCAAGGGCCUCCUCAUUAUAAAUACCCUGCCUUGGAAGCACACUGCAGUGUGCCUGCCCAGGCCUGGCCGGACCCACAGCCUGGUCCUGGUGACAGUGUGCAGUAUGGGUUAUACUCCUGCUGCUGCCCCUACCUCACUGUCGACCCUGCAGCCUGUGUUUGUUGUGCAAGAGGUGAGUGCUGGCAUGUCCAGGGAGGCUGUUGCCAAGGGCACUGUGGGAAGCCAGUUUGUGUGUUUGUUAUGUCCCCUGUACUGGGAUGUGUGGGACGUCAUGGAUUACCACCUGGGCCCCAGGAAGCCAGUGCUGAGCCGGGCAGGGACCCUAGCAGUGGGUGCUGAGGGCGGUGUGGGCAGCACCUGGCUCCUACUGCAGAUCAGUCCCCACAGUCAGCAGCAGGAAGUUGUCCUGGACAUUGGUGGCCGCUAUGUCCACUUCCACACGGAGGUGCACUGGCACGAAGCCCACACAUUUCUGAAGGUGGAGCUCCCUGCCUGUAUGCAGACCCAGGCCACCUCUGAGGGUCAGUUUGGGCAACUGCAGUGUCCCGCCCACUGUACCACCUCUGGGAACUGGGCUCGAUUUGAGGUACAGAGCAUCAGUUCCGGGCAGCCAGGCUCUGCGCCGGCAUGGAGGUGUGGGUCUUCCCAUGGCCAGAACUCCAGCCGGCCCAUUCCCCCUUCCCCACAGCUGUGGGCACCUAAGGCCCCUGAUGCCACUGCUGACUUGGGGCACCACGAGUUCACAUAUGUGCUGAUGCCGCCCAAGGGCUCCUUCCAAGAUGGCCUAAUCCAAACAGCCUACAGCCUCAAUUUCCUGCUGUUGACACUGCUGUCCAGGUCCGGCUGAGCACCCACAGCCGCCUGGAGUGCCUUCACUGUGUUCCCGCAGGCGGUGCUGGAGACUAUCCAGAAGGCAGGGGCUGGCCACCUACCCUUUAGGGACAGCCUGAAACUCACCUUUUCUCCCUUCCAAGUGCACUCUGGCUCAAGCUUCCACCUCCCUUAAC